AUGGCGACCUCUACACAGUAUGUUUUGCUCCAGUAUGGGACCGAUCCCUUCAAUUACCAGUUCGAGGAUUCAGACGAACAAACCGCGUUCACGACGUCCAAAGUCGUACAAGUGCCAAACGUUGUUGUGCAGUUGACUCGACAUGAUGAUUGGGCUGCCCAACAUACGCAAGUCAUGGGUCCUCGGAGUGCAUUCUUAUAUUUCGGACCUUUCAACUCGCCUGGUCAGGUAGCGUACGGGAACGGUGAACGAGUCGCCAUGUCAUAUUAUCUUCGGAAGAAGAAAGAAGGAAGCAACUCGCGUUACUUUAAUGCUCAGGGUGGGAAAGAGUUCAAAUGGAAGUCUGUUUCUUCUGAGAGAAUGGAGCUCUGUGAUGCUCUCAAUGUUUAUGCCGUUUGGGAGAAGGCUCCGCCAAACUCUGAACACGACGCUCAAAUCACGAUAUCAUAUACCUGCCUGAGCAUUGUGACCGAGAUCCUGACGACUCUUACGCUUAACCUUGCCGCGAAACGACUACAAUUUUGGUAA